AUGGAAGAGAUUAACCAUUUUAGUCAUAAAAGGCAUCUAUUAAAGCUCCUCGACUAUGAGACGAUUGUAGGUGCUAGUGUCAAUGGUGGUGAGGAGAAAUCAGGAUUGAUUGGUUGCCAUGCAUGUGAAAAACCCAUAUCAAGUGGUUUUGCAUAUGCUUGCAUCCAAUGUCACUACUUUCUACAUAAAGCAUGCGCACAACUUCCCCAUACUUUCAACGACCCUUCCUUAUAUCAUCACCCUCUAACACUUACUGAUUUGCAACUUAGAGAUAACAGAUCUUGGUUUUGUAACAUGUGUCAGAUUCAAAAGAAACGUAGUGGAUUUGCAUAUAUAUUUGUUGAGCAGCAUAACACUUUAAUUAAGUUUACAGCUUGCAUUGAUUGUUGUGUUUUUGAGAUUGCUCACAGGGCUGAAGCAGAUGCCAUCAAGGAGGAGGCAACGAUCAAGGUUCAUCAUGAAGGCCAUCCAAAACAUGCUUUAACCCUCCAGUUAAGACCUGCUUCAUUCCUGUGUGAUGCUUGCAAUGCUAAGGAUGAAGGCUUAUUCUAUGAGUGUGACACUUGUGACUUCUGGAUACAUAAGACUUGUGCUUCCUUAGCCCCUACCAUCCAACUACCCCAUCACCCCAAUCACAAACUUGUUCUCGUCUAUUCACUUCCUGAAAAUUUCUUCAAUUUCUUGUAUUACUGUGAAAUUUGCAACAAAUACAUCCGGAGGAAUUUGUGGUUGUAUCAAUGUGCAAAUUGUAGAUAUUUUGUCCAUAUCAAGUGCGCCUUAAAUGCAGUGGAGCAACCUUCUACUCCAAGGGAUAGCACAAGUCCUUCUAUUGAUGAUGAAGACGCAAAUAAUUUGCUUCAUUUUCCCAUGUUAGAGGCAUUUACAGAUCCAUUGAAACUAGUACAUUUUGAAACGACAGCUCAACAUAAUGAUGAUGAAACAACUAAUAUUAACCAUUGGAGUCAUGAGCAUCCAUUAAUCCUUCAUGUUCAACCUCAACCUCAAGCUAACAGCAUGUCUGGUUGUAGUGAUCUAAUUGAGGUAUGUCACGGGUGUGUGCGACCCCUCUCCCUUCCAUACUAUAGUUGCAAAGAUGGAUGUUCAUUCUCUCUCCACAAAUAUUGUGCCGAGUUACCACUCAAAUUACAACAUCCACUUCACCCAGAUCAUUCGCUUGCCUUGAUAAACACAAAUCAUUCGCUUUCCUUGAUAAACACAGAUAAUUCGCUUGACUUGAUAAAAACAUAUCUUUUGCUUGCCUUGAUAAACACAUGGGGACAUGGGAAUUACAAUCAAUGCAAUGGUUGUGGGAGCUUUUGCAACACGUUUUUGUACAAAUGUGAAACUUGUGAGUUCAAACUUGAUGUUAGUUGUGCAUUUCUACCCAACACCAUCAAACAUAAAUCCCACAAGCAUCCACUUAUGCAAGUUAUCGAUCCUGUACCUGCUUGUACUGCUUGCAACAUGUGGUCUAAUUAUAUUAGUUAUGCUUGUAAGGCUUGUAGCUUCACAUUGGACAUGUAUUGUGCAACGAGAUCGCCAGAUUCCCUUGGUCACAGGUAUUGCAAAGGACAUGAAAUCCCAUUGACAUAUCCCCCCGUCAUGGAUCAUCCUGAAGAUUUCUUUUGUGAUAUAUGUGAGGAAGAAAUGAACCCUAAGCUCCCCCUCUAUUAUUGUGGCAAAUGCAAAAAUUCUUUUCACCGUCAUUGCAUUAAUCGAUUGAGGCUUUUUGAAAACGUUUUCCACGAGGGCAUAACCAUGAAUGUUCGCUAUCAUAAACAUCCGUUAACAUAUGUCCGAAGAAAGAAGACGCCCAAAAUUUCUCUCAAGGCCGAAGCUGAUGCUAUCAAGGAGGAAACAAAGAUCAAGGUUCAACACGAAGGCCAUCCACACCACACUUUAAGCCUACAGUUAAGACAUGUUGCAUUCCGGUGUGAUGCUUGCAAUUCUAAGGAUGAAAGCUUAUUCUAUGAGUGUGAUAGUUCUGACUUCUGGAUCCACAAGACUUGUGCUUCCUUAGCCUCUACUAUCAAUCUUCCCCAUCAUCCUAAUCACCCACUUGUUCUCAUCUAUUCACUUUCUGAAAAAUUCUUUAAUUUCCUUUCUAAACAAGAGUAUGAUGAUGAUGUAAAAGGUUUGCUGCAUUUUCCCAUGUCAAACGCAUUUACAGAUCCAUUGAAACUACUACAUUUUGAAAAGAUGACUCAAGUUGAUGAUGAAAAAACAAAUAUUAAGCAUUGGAGUCAUCACCAUCCGUUAAUCCUUACUAUUGAAGCCCAAGCAAACAACAUGUCUUGUAGUAGUGAUAUGAUUGAGGUAUGUCAGGGGUGUGUACGGCCCCUCACCCUACCGUACUAUAGUUGCAAAGAUGGAUGUUCAUUCACUCUCCACAAAUAUUGUGCCGAAUUACCCACCAAAUUACAACAUUCACUUCACCCAAAUCAUUCGCUUCACUUGAUAAACACACGGGAACAUGUCGAUAGAUGUACAGGUUGUUGGGGCUAUGUCAACACAUUUUCAUACAAAUGUAAAACUUGCACGUUCAACCUCGAUGUCAAUUGUGCAUUCCUACCCAACACCAUCAAACAUAAAUCCCACAAGCAUCUUCUUAUCCAAGUUAUCGAUCCUGAAACUCCUUGUAAUGCUUGUGACAUGGGGUUUAGUGGUAUAAGUUAUGCUUGUAAGGCUUGUAGCUUCAUAUUAGGCAUGAAAUGUGCAAUGAGGUCGCCACAUACCCUUGGUCAUAGCACCAUAAUCCGGAGAUCUGUUUAUCCACCAAAUCGGUUCCCUCUGAAUCACAAGAAACUAACAACGUUUUCCCACCACCAUUUCUAUAAAAGCACAGGUACCAAUUUCAUAGUACCAAUUUUUCAAUUCGGUUUCUACAAAGCAAUCUUCAAUCGAUUUCAAGUGUCAUAA